AUGGUUAAAGUGAAGUCUCCUGGUCUUGAAUCAUUUCGAUUAAUUGUCAAAGAUAAUAAUGAUUCAUCUAAAUCUCAACUUAAUGGAAGUAAUAAUAGUAAUCAACAACAGCAACAAUUUAGUCGAGAUAAUUCUUCAUUGUCGAAUGAUAAUAUUUCAUUAAAAAAAGAGAAUAGUACAAUCAGUCUUCAGGAUGAUGACGAUUAUAAUAUCUUAACACAAAGAAUUCCUUCUAAAGAGAUAACUUUUGCUAAAUUAUCAAAUCAAGAUGAAAGUUCACAAGAAACUCAACCUACUUUACGUAGAAGUACACGUUCACGUCGUGUUGUCUUUCAACAAGAUUAUGUUCCAACUGUUGAUGUGGUACCUCUUCGCGGUGAUAUUCCAAUGAGAGGAGAUGAAUUAACAUCAACAACUCCUUCUUCUAUCAACACAGCAAAUUUAUUUCCUAAACGAACAUAUCAAUUUUCGUUAGCUUCCCUUCUUCGGGAAAAGAAACAUCGAGAUAAAACGGGAUAUGAUAUUAAAGUUUUGGAAAAAGCACUUAAAGAAGAUGCCAUUAAAGAUGAAAUGUUGAAUGAAUUAGAUGAUCCUUAUGAAAAUUAUGAAAAUUAUAAUCGUUCAGAGGUUUCCGCCGCCAUAUUAACUGAAGACAUAAAACAUGAACAAUUACAACAGUCAUCACCUCAAUUACCUCAAUUCCCUUAUAUUUCUAAUUUACGAUUGUUACUUAAAACAAUUGUUCAGUUGAAUAAGGCUAGAUGGAUAUCGUUUUCAAAUAACGAAGAAAUUAGACGAGCCAUCGUCGUUUUUCUUCGUAUGUCCUCGGAUAAUCGAAUUAAAUCACUUUCAUAUGAAGUGGAACAAGUCGUUGAUUCACUUUUGUAUCUUAUUCAAAAAGAUGAAUGGGUUUUACAAGUAAAGCUCAUUUGUGAAGAUAUAAUUUUAUCAUGUGGAAAUGUCACACAAUUUAAAAUUGAUAUAUUAGAGAAUCUUCCAGCUUCUAAUCGUGGAAGAUUAACUCGAAGAUUAUUAUCUGCAUGCUUUUUAUUUUCUUCCACCUCCUCCAUCACCAGCAAAAAAUCUUUCUAUGAUUUUACUAAUCUUGAUGUUUCGAAGCCUUUGACUUUGAUGCCACUUAUAAAUUUAUUCAAAGAUGGAGAGACAAUUUUUAAAGUUAAUAGUAAUACAGAUUAUAAAGAAUUAUAUAAAAAUACAUUGUUAUUAGGAUAUAUAUUGGAUGAUGAAGAACAAAUGUCAAGUGAAAAGGAUACAGUUGAGUUCAUAAUACAAAAAUUAAAAUAUUUACAUGGCAAAGGAUCUAAUUCAGCGACUUUAUAUGCGUCUUUAUUACGUGACUUUUCAUCGUCGGGGUAA